UGUGUGAAGGGAGCAGGUCUACACUGUGUGUGUGUGUGUGUGUGGAGGCGGAAGAAGACCUUUGCCAACAGCGAGGGGCCGGGAGAAGCGCAGGCUGUGUGAGUGAGGAGGGGAGGAGAAGCCUUUAGCCCACAGUCAGGGGCAGCUCUGCACUGUGAGGGGCAGGGAGAGGCCCAGGUUGAAUGUGGAAGGGGAAUAAGCCCUUUGCCAGCGGAGAAGGGCAGGGAGAGGCGCAGGCUGUGUGUGGAGGACAGGUCUACAUUGUGUGUGGGGGGCGGGGAAGCCCUCUUCCUAAACCCCCGCUGUAGAGCAGCAGCUGAGAGGCAUUUUUGGGGGGUUACCCCUUGGAGAAAUGCUGUUAUGGAGUUCUCAGCCUGCUCUCCUCUCCUCCACUAACUGACUGACUGUGAUGGGCCUGAUCUGCAGUAGAACCCCGCAGCCGCCCUCAACUAACCACACACACACACACCAUCACCCAUCUGCACUGACACCACCACAGGAGCACAACAGAAAUGAUCCACACGCCUAACUUGCAGAAUGAUAUUUGAAGUGUCAUUGGAAAGGCUGACUCGAUGGAAUAGCAGGAUGGGUCUGGACUUUGAUGUGAAAACAUUUUGUCACAACCUGCGAGCUACCAAGCCUCCAUACGAGUGCCCCGUGGAGAGCUGUCGGAAAAUCUACAAAAGUUACAGUGGCAUUGAGUACCACUUGUACCAUUACGAUCAUGACAACCCCGCUCAGCAGACCCCAGUGCGCAAACCCAAGAAGAAGGGUCGGAACUCACGGACAGGCACGCAGCAGUCUCCAAACCCGUCGGAGAUCUCUCAGUCACCGAGCCGGGAGAUGCUGACAUAUGCUCAGGCACAGCGCUUGGUAGAAGUGGACAUUGAAGGACGCCUGCACAGGAUUAGCAUUUUUGAUAAUCUGGAGGUCCUAUCUGAAGAUGACACCACAGCGGAGGAUAUUGUUGAAUGCAACAGUAACAAGGAGAACGCAGAGACAUUGACUGUAACCCCAAAAGCCAACAAGCAUAAAAACAAAGACAAGCGCAAAGACUCUUGCCAUAACACCCCCGCUUCUGCCACCAAGCUGCCUGAGGUGAUCUACCGUGAGAUUGACCACAGUGCGUCAGACGCCCCUCCUCGACCAUUGUCAUAUUAUCGCUACAUUGAAAAGUCGGUGGAGGAACUGGAUGAGGAAGUUGAAUAUGACAUGGAUGAGGAGGAUUAUGUGUGGCUCGACAUAAUGAAUGAGAAAAGGAAAAUUGAAGGUGUGAACUUUAUCCCGCAGGAGGUGUUUGAGUAUCUCAUGGAUCGGCUGGAGAAGGAAUCCUACUUUGAAAGUCACAACAAGGGAGACCCAAAUACAUUGAUUGAUGAAGAUGCUGUUUGUUGUAUUUGUAAUGAUGGUGAAUGCCAGAACAGCAAUGUCAUUCUUUUCUGCGACAUGUGUAACUUGGCUGUUCACCAAGAGUGCUAUGGGGUUCCCUACAUCCCUGAGGGACAAUGGCUCUGCCGUAGGUGUCUGCAGUCACCAUCAAGAGCAGUGGACUGUGCCUUAUGUCCCAACAAGGGCGGUGCAUUUAAGCAGACAGAUGAUGGGCGCUGGGCACAUGUGGUCUGCGCUCUGUGGAUCCCAGAAGUCUGCUUUGCAAACACUGUUUUCCUGGAGCCAAUUGACAGUAUUGAGCACAUCCCACCAGCACGCUGGAAGCUGACUUGUUAUAUCUGUAAACAGCGAGGAUCAGGAGCAUGCAUUCAAUGUCAUAAAGCCAACUGCUACACAGCAUUCCAUGUAACCUGUGCACAGCAGGCGGGACUCUACAUGAAGAUGGAGCCUGUGCGAGAAACGGGCGCAAAUGGUACCUCGUUCAGUGUGCGGAAAACGGCAUACUGUGACAUCCACACGCCGCCUGGAUCCAUGCGCAAGACCCCUGCUCUUUCCCACAGCGAGGGUGAGGAUGAGGAUGACGAUGAAGGAGAGGAUGGGAAAGGACCCAAUUCCGAGAAAGUGAAAAAAGCCAAAGCUAAAUCGAGGUUAAAAAUGAAGAAGGCGCGGAAGAUCCUAGCGGAGAAACGGGCUGCAGCACCUGUGGUUUCAGUGCCCUGUAUUCCACCUCAUAGAUUAAGUAAGAUCACAGGUCGACUAUCGAUUCAACGUAAGAGCCAAUUCAUGCAGCGACUUCACAGCUAUUGGACUUUGAAACGACAGUCAAGAAAUGGUGUUCCACUCCUUCGGCGGUUACAGUCCCACUUGCAGUCUCAGCGAAAUGCAGAACAGAGAGAAUCAGAGGAAAAAAAUUGUGCACUGAAAGAGCAGCUGAAAUCGUGGCAGCGACUGCGUCAUGACUUAGAAAGAGCUCGGCUCCUGGUGGAGUUAAUCCGGAAAAGGGAAAAGCUAAAGCGUGAGGAGCUCAAGAUACAGCAGUUUGCUAUGGAGCUACAGCUGACUCCCUUCCUUAUCCUCCUCCGUAAGACGCUAGAACAACUCCAAGAGAAAGACACAGGAAACAUCUUUGGUGAGCCUGUGCCAUUAAAAGAGGUUCCUGAUUACUUGGAUCACAUAAAAAAGCCGAUGGACUUCCAGACAAUGAAAAAGCAGCUUGAAGGCUAUCAAUAUCGGACGUUUGACCAAUUUGAAGAAGAUUUUAAUUUGAUUGUGAACAACUGCUUACAAUACAAUGCCAAGGACACAAUAUUUUACCGUGCUGCAAUUAGGCUAAGAGACCAAGGAGGUGCCGUACUGAAAUACGCUCGCAAGCAGGCAGAGAAAAUUAGUUUUGAUUGUGAAACAGGGAUGCAUGUACCUGAACCAGUACCACCAGAAGACACUGGUCAACUUUUCUGGGAAGAAGAAGUGGAUCGGUUGCUGGUCCCUGAGAACAGAUCACAUAUGCCACUGGAGGAACAGCUGAAGGUACUUCUCAAUAAACUGGACACAAUAGGCUCCACUAAACAGAGCAAUGGCCGAUCACGGCGAGCUAAGCUCUUGAGAAAGGAGAUUGCUUUGAUUCGACGGAAACUUGGUCAGCAUAGAGAACAAAAUGCAGGAUCGGAGCGGCAUGGCGUACCAGGUCGGGGCUCUGCGGCUGGACUGAACCCGUCGAAUAAAGAUGGGCAAACGGAUAGCGCUGCUGAGGAAAGUAGUAGUCACGAGACUGGAAAAGGCCUUGGCACCACCUCCUCAUCAGCCUCGGCAGCGGAAGUCGGUAGACGGACAAAGUUCCUUUUCACUGCAAAAUCCAAAAAUAAAUGUGUGGGGUUGCCCAAAAGGCCAGGGCGGCCACCAAAAAACCGUGAAUUCCAGGUCCCGCAGAAUCAGAGCGGUAGUCUACAGAACCCGUCAGCGACACAAACUUUGUCACGGUGCAACCAGCCGAGGAAGCGAGGUCGUAGCCCCAGCACGAGCUCUGAAAGCGACAGUGACAAAUCAACCGGGGGCAACGCACACAUAGGGUUGCCAACGAAUGGGUUUGAUGGAGGCAGCCAACCUGUGAACGAAAGUUUCCGAGUCUAUCGCAACGAACGAAGCCUGCCGCGUAGCAGUUCCGAUACCGAGUCCAGUUCCAGCACAAGUAGCAGUGCAGCUUCCGAUCACACCAGCACAACCCCAUCGAAGCAGGGUCGAGGAAAACCUUCAUUUUCCCGAGUGAAUUUCCACGAAGAAAGCAGUGAAGACACUUCGUGUACAGAGAACGAAUCCUAUCCAAUUGGAUCGGGCAGGCAUACGCAUGGUGUGCGCAAGGGAUUGAGCAGGUCUGCUGGCUGGAUGUCAGAUGACGAAGAUAGUCCUUUGGAGUCACUGGAUUUAGUUUGGGCAAAAUGCAGGGGAUACCCAUCCUAUCCAGCUUUGAUAAUUGAUCCAAAGAUGCCUCGGGAGGGACUAUACCAUCAUGGUGUUCCGAUUCCUGUUCCACCACUGGAUGUGCUCAAACUGGGAGAACAAAUGACCAUGGAAGCACGGGAGCACCUCUACCUCGUACUUUUCUUUGACAACAAGAGAACAUGGCAAUGGCUUCCUCGAACAAAGCUUGUUCCUCUUGGUGUGGACCAGACCCUGGAUAAAAUGAAGAUGCUGGAGGGGAGGAAAUCAAACAUCAGGAAAUCGGUGCAGAUUGCAUAUCAUCGUGCUAUGCAGCAUCGAAGCAAGGACAUGGGCACCAAAAUAGGUGGUUCAUUUAUGGAGAACAAGGACACCAAACAGUGCAAUGCAGAAGAAAGUUGUCUACCUGGAAACGCAUAUUAUAUAAAAGCUCUGUCUGUAAACAAGCGAACAUGAAUCGAUGGCUCAGUCAGCUCAAUGUGUUGCCCUAGGCAAAUUGUAAAUAAUGUACAUUGUUAUGUUAUGGAUUUUUUAACUUAUUUUUUUUGUUUGUAAGCAUCUCUUGACAUUUCUAGGCUUUAGGCAAGAACACUUCUUUGAGUACAUUAAAAUGGACAUCAUGAAACCUUUUCUAAAUUUUUGCAGGUAACUCUAGCAAACAGCAAACUGGUGUGAAGUGAUAGCAGAAGCACCAUUUUAAACAAUUGAAU